CAUCUCCAUCUGCUCUAGGGAACACUGAGAACAUCUGCACACUGGAUUAGAGACUGUGAAGGCUCCUGAGCAGUGUGGGAGCUGCCCAAGUGCAGUCUUCUUUGCAGUAGGAAAACUGUAUUAAUGGCCACAUUGGUAAUGUGGACUCUUGGAAAGGAGUGGUACUGAGUUAGAGACAAUGAAUCACCGAGAGAGAAUCAGUCCUGGAAUCUCAGCCCCAGCAGAAGAAAGAAGAUGCUCCUGGUUGAACCCCUGGGUCUUCCUUGUCUCUGUUCUUGUCAUCAAAACUGCCUUCAUAACCAUUUGCCUUGUUGCUUUAAUCCAUGGAAGCUAUGGCCAAUACAAGACUCUGCUGCAGAACGGUACAGAGUGGCACUGCACCCCCAACAUAUCUGCAGAGGAGAGCUGGACGUGCUGCCCAAAGGGCUGGAGACGCUUCCAGGAAAAGUGCUAUUACCUGUCAAAUGAUUUGAUGUCCUGGGCUGAGAGUGAGCAGAACUGCACUGGGAUGGGCUCCCACCUGGUGGUGAUCAACAGCAAAGCAGAGCAGGAGUUCCUCUCCAACUUGACAAAACGAGUAUCCACCAAAGCCUAUGAAACAAAAUUCCUCAUAGGCUUGACUGCUAACAAAUACGGGCAAUGGCAGUGGGUGGAUCAAACUCCAUAUACGGAGACAGCCACGUUCUGGAAACCUGGAGAACCAAAUUUACUCUUUGUAGAAAAAUGUGCUGCGAUUCACAUCAAGGGAAAAACAGACUCCAGCACUUACAGGAACUGGAAUAACAUCCCUUGCUUAAUAAAAUGCUAUCGAAUUUGUGAACUGGCAGUCAAAAUUGUCUGAGGAUUGAAACUCCACUUUGAAUGAAGGACCUGAAGAAGUAUCCUUCAGAAACAGUGAAAGGAACCCACAAAAAAGCUUUACUGUCAAUGUUGUGAGCACUUUUGGAGAAUCUUGUGUGAGCAAGCCUGCCACAGAAUCCCAUUUCUGAAGGGACUCAGUUCUCAGAUUGUGACCCUGCAUCUCUUUCCAAGCUGAAGAUCAGUCCACAGUGGAAUUGUUCAGGCUGAUCUCAAGGACCUACUGUGCCCCUUUUCACUCUUCUUCCUCAUAGAUGGGUGCCCUGAUCCUUCAGUGCUUUCCUUGGCUCCUUGUCUAGACCAUAUCAAUAAUUUGGAAAAGGCUCUCUCACUGUUUCAUGAAAGGAUACUGUUCCUACGAGUCACUGGAGCAGAGCUUGAAAGAAGAGCAUAUAGUGGAGUGUGCUUGGCCCACCUCUGAAGGGAACUUAGCUUAUUCAUGGUUAUCUUUAACAUUUCCUUCUUUUUUCAGCAUAUUCUGUAUUGAUAAGUUU